CUGGCUGACACAUUCUGUUUGAACAAAACGAAGCAAAGCAACAGGAAAGUGAUACGACUGUAACUCCAGUUGAAAAUGGCUGCCGCUUGUCUUCAGUCUCAUGAUGAGAUAAGAUGUCUAUUAGAACAAACAGAAGAACAUCUGACCUCCCUCAACAAACGAAUUGAAACUAUGGAAGGCAAACAACAACAGCAACAUAAGAAGAUAAGAGCUGCUCUAAAAGACAAAGAAAAGGAAACUGAAGCAAUCAAAGAAAGAAUAAAUGAGAUGAAUGGAAAACACCAAAAGAACAGGCUUGGAAAGAUUGAGAAAAAGCAACAUGACCAAAAUCCCCAGUUAAGAUCUGCUUUGGACCAAGAAGAAAAUUAUCUAUCAUUAGUUAAAGAAAGUUUCAAACAGAUUACAAAUCUUCAGCAACAAAAACAUACUUCAAUAAGAUCUGAACUGCUUGAAGAAGAAGAGCGUCUAAGAUCAAGCAACGUGAACAGCUCAACAGAUUUACAGACCAUGAUGAGGCCAGUGAGAUGGGUGUUCAGCUGUUUCCCUACUAACUCGAAUGUCACUGGAAACCAAAACCCCAGUAAUGAAAUUGAAGAUGACCAGGAAGACCAGCAUCAUAAGACAAGAUCUGCUUUGGAACAUGAAAAGAAAAACCUAGACUCACUCGAAACAAGUAUUAAAGAGAUUGAAGAAAUUCAGAGGAAAGAAGAACAUCAACUAACAUCUGCACUUCAGCCAAAUGAGAAGCAAUCUCAGUUACAAAGAGAAGAUACAGAAACAGCAGACAUGGUUUUACUUCAGAAAAGCAGUUACUAA